AUGGCGUUAGUGCUAGCUCUUCCGUCAACUGCCAAGGCGGCAUGUGGCAAUCCCUCACGCUUCAUGAACCGACGAGCUACUGAAAAGCCUCACUCGUCGGCGCUCACGCAACUCGACAGUUCCAGAAUUUGCUGCCGCCCGUUACAGGCACAUCGGCGCUUUCGCGUCUCGGCUUCUUCCGCUAACAGCGACGGAGGUCGUUCCGCGGAAGCUUCGUCGGCAACUUCCGCGUCUCCCACCACAGCUGAUGCAAAUGACGUCACGACGACGUCAGCGGGUCGCGAUACCGAGUCUGGCAAGGAAGCGCCACGGCAAUCAGCUGCCACGUCAUCGUCCGGCCGGUCGCGACGCGCGGCGGAUUCGACGGACUGGAUAGCUUCGGCAGUGACUCGUAGGUUCGGCAUCGGCGCGGGGCUGGCGUGGGUGGGGUUCCUGGCGUUCGGCGUGGUGUCGGAGCAGAUUAAGACGCGGCGCGAGGUGUUUCUGGAAGAAAGCAACACGCGGGAUGUGGAGGACGCAGAGGAGACGGAGCUCCCCAGCGGAGUCAGAUUCACCGACCUGAGAGUCGGAGGCGGUGCAUUCCCCCAGAAGGGAGACCUGGUGCUUGUCUCCCUUACAGGCCGCGUCUCAUUACCAGCACAAGCCGAAUCCGAGUCUGAACCGGUUACAUUUAUCGACACUACAGCGCCUGGGGCGCGGGACCUGGUGUUCUCGUUUGGCGUGCGGCCGUUCCCCAGGGGGGUCACGGAGGGGCUCGUGUCAGCAAUGGCGACGAUGCGGGCGGGCGGUAGGCGAAAAGUUUUGGUGCCCACGGAUUUGGGCGGUGAAUCGUUUGCAGGCGGAGGGGGAGGGGGUGGUGGUGCUGGUGGGGCGAUUCUAGAGUAUGUCGUGGAGCUGAAACGUGUGUCCAUCCCCCCUUCAUAG